UGGAGAAAAGGAGAAGGAGAGGGGACCUAAUUGAGGUAUACAAGAUAAUGAGAGGCAUAGAUAGAGUUGAUAGCCAGAGACUAUUUCCCAGGGCAGAAAAGGCUAGCACGAGGGGUCAUAGUUUUAAGCUGGUUGGUGGAAAGUAUAGAGGGGAUGUCAGAGGCAGGUUCUUUACGCAGAGAGUUGUGAGAGCAUGGAAUGCAUUGCCAGUAGCAGUUGUGGAAGCAAGGUCAUUGGGGUCAUUUAAGAGACUGCUGGACAUGUAUAUGGUCACAGAAAUUUGAGGGUGCAUACAUGAGGAUCAAUGGUCGGCACAACAUUGUGGGCUGAAGGGCCUGUUCUGUGCUGUACUGUUCUAUGUUCUAUGUUCUAAGAUUCCAUUGCCAUUUGGGGUACGAACAAUUACCACACCUCGUGGUGGCAAUAGUGUGACAAGCCUUUCAGAUCUUAAGGAUGGACAAGCAUACAUUUGCUCUGACCAAAGGAAAGUGAAGCCAAUUAACCUUGAGCAGGCUAAUCAGAAACCUAACCCCUGGUUUAUUAACAAAUCUUUUAAUCGUGAACAACUUACAUCAAGACAGAACAGACAGAAAGCCUCUAAGUCACUUCAUGCGGACUUAUCACCUUCUGCAGGAGUUCCAAAGAAGCUUGUAAUCUUCAGGAAUGGUGAUCCUACUUUCAAACGUAAUCUGAUUUUGAACAGGAACCAAAUACAGAACUUUGAUGUAUUGUUGAACCAUGUUAGUGAGCUGAUGAAUUUUCCUGUACUAAAGCUGUACAGCAUAGAUGGGAAAAGGACACUGAAAAACAGACUUCCUGGCAGCACUAGAAUCGACGCUCAGAAAAAAAGACUAAACAAGGAAACACAACAAACAAUCAGACAGACCAUUGUACCUCUACUGAUAAAGAGAACACAGACAAACACAUUUAAUAAAGAGGAAAGCAAUGUCCUGAAGAACAUAAAAAAGACAAAAAGCAUCAUCAUUGUUCCUGCUGAUAAAGACAGAAUGACUGUGGUAAUAAACGAAAUGGACUACACACAAAAAGCCGAAGAACUAUUUGCAGAUACAUAAACCUACCAACAGAGGGAGUGGGACCCCCCCCACCCCCACCACUGCUAACAAACAGAAUAACGUAAACGCCAUGGAACCUACACAAAACAGAACAGAUAACAAAAACAGAAAUGCAAAGGAUGAAACUAGAAGGCAACAACACUCUAAGAUUCUACAGACUACAGACUGCCUGACACAAGCCUGACAUACCUCUCAGACUGUGGCUCUACCAGGAACCCUAUCACACAAAUUAGCCAAGCAACUAUAACAAAAGCUUAAACAUUUAGUCAAUAGUUCAAGACGCUCCAUUCAAUCAACACAAAAAUUCCUGGACAACAACAAGAACACUAAAAUAGACAAAGAAGUUUUGAUCUCACUCGAUGAAACAGCAUUGUUUACUUCAAUUGACAGAAACCUAGAUAAAAUUGAUUCUCUUUAUCUUGUGAAGUAUAAACUUGAAGCUGUUGUUGCUGCUGGUCGUGAGGGUUAUAAGCUGAGAAAAUACGCUGAUUUAAAAUUACCACAAAUGUCAAAUCAUGAUCAGUUCAAGAACUUCAAAGCAGAAAAAAACAUAAGGCAAGGUCAGGGAGAAGACAAUGGAAGAUUAAUUCAAUAUCUCCUUCUAGCUCAAAUUCUCAACUUUACUCCACAUCUUCUGGUAAAUUAUACGUAGAUGACAAUAAAAACUUUUUAGCGAGCAGCUUCCCUUUACCUGAAAAUGAAGCAUGCUCUGACACAAGUUGCAUUUACACAAGAGAAGAUAAGCUCAUGAUACCGUCAGAAGAUGACAUUGAGAAGUUCAUAUACAUGAAUGAGGAUGGCAGCAUGACAGUAGAAAUGAGAGUACAUCUCCAAAUAAAAGAGCGAGAGACAAUACAAUGGAGUACUACAGUUAGUCGUUCCAAUGUAUGUAAAGAGACAAUUAAUGCUUGCAAUUCACACCAGGAAUCUAAUGUUGAAUCAACAGAUCUGAUUAGUGUACAUCCUCAACAUAAUCCUAAAACAUUGCAUUUUGAAAAAUUGGAACAUGAGCAAGAAUUUGAUAAUCUUCAUCUGCCACAAAAAUGCACACUAUGUAUAGAACAAGAUAAUGCUGGACAUUAUCAUAUUUGGCAAAAUAAUUCUUUAUGCACAAAAGAAAAUCUUCCUGACUUGGAGAUGGAAUUGGAACCAUCAUACUGUUACAAGAGAAAUCCUGAUCCUGGAAAGAUAAUGCAGAGUCAGUUAACUCUGAAAAACAUGACCGUAAAUCCUGAUGUGAAAACUACUGCAAAUAUUGUUACAGGUCCAAACCUGGAGGAGUCAAAACUUGGAGAGGGUAUAAUUGAGCACUGUUGUGAACAUUUUUCAAUGUCCAGAUCAAAGGGAUCUUGUAAAAGAACUAAUCAUGUUAUUUCUGAUCAUUUUCAAACAUGGGAAGAGAUUAAUGUAAAUACUCAAGGGGAAGAAAAAGCAAUCUUUGAUACACGUACAUCUUUUGUUUUGAAAAACACUACUUCAAUGUCUUCAAGACCUUACUAUGAAAAUCAAUUAACUAUAAUGAAAAUAUAUUCCAACACUGAACAUACAGAUACAACAAAUAUGUUCCCACAAUAUUUGGAAGAAAUUGGAUGUGGUAGUUUUGCAGAAUUAAAUUUGAGACCCAAUUCAGCAGAUCCAGCUUGCUCCAUUUCAAAACAAGGAGAAAAAGAUUUAAGAUCAGUGAGUGCUUUAUUCAGGUAUUCUAGACCUUCUGCAUCAAUUUAUAAUGAAGCAAAUGGCUUGCCAUCUAGAAUGGUAUAUUCAGAUAUAUUUAUGGGAAGAAAACAAAGAACAGAUGUAAACACAAGCUUUUCUGAGAUUUGUGAAUCCAGAAUGUGUUGCUUUUUGGAAAAUUUAAACAAUGAUUCACAGUAUUCACAGAGUUCUGCAAAAAGAAAUCAGGAAUGCAUUAGAACUAUGGAAGUCGAACUGCCAGCUAAUACAGAUUCAAAUGAUUCUUUAUCUACCAAUGAAGAAGAAGGAACUUUUUGCAGAACUGAUAAGGCAAACCCUGUCAUCAAUGGUACAGUGACUACAUGUUGCAGAAUAAAUGAGGAGAAAUCUAGAGAACAUGAAAAAUUGGAGAAAAUCCAAGAGAAUGCAAAGUUACACCCAGAAUACAGCAGUUAUUCACAAAAAGUUCAACUACGAGACCAGCUUGAAAAAAUUGAUGUUUUGAGUGAUAAUUGCACUACUUCAAGCAGCAGUCAAGAAUCAUUAGUGAUUGAAGCUGACAAGUAUCAGACCACUGAUUUUAAUCCUAUUGAAAAGUCUAACAAAAGCAAAGUGACAUGCCAUAUUGAAACCAGAUGUGAUAGUUUUGCAUCUCACAAGUCAACAGGAUUGAUACAUCCUAAAGAAAUCAAUUCUAAUCUGUUGUCAAUAAUUUGUCCACCAGACAAAAGACCUAGUAGUACAGAAUUACUGGACAAUAAAUUACAAAGAUUGGGAGACCAAGGCAUUAGUACCAUCAACAACAAUGAUAGCUCUGUGACAUCUUCCUCUGAGGUAAAUAUUUUCCAAGAUAUUUUUUCUUCAAUAAGACCCUGCAAAAAAGAAUUACACUGGUAUCAUGAAGAAGGCAGUGUAGUGUAGU